AUGCACGCCCCUGGCCCCUGGCCCAUCUACACGAACCAGCGCCGCCUGGCCCGACUGACCCGCUCCCGCUUGGCCGCCCCCGUCGCCAAGGCCACGGCCGCCCCGCUCGAUUCGCCCCACGCCCGCCCAGCAUCGCCUCCACACGCGCACAGCAACCACGCACGCGCGCGCGCUCGCCAGCCAACUCCCGCGGCCGCCCCGCUCAGCACGCCCGCCCGCCCAAGCCGCUCGACCCAGGCCGCCGCACGUCGCUCCAAGCCCACCACCGGUGCUCAACACCAGCUCGAUCCCCUCCAGCAAUCGACGAUUUUUGCCCCAAAUUUCCGCUGCGUGUUCAUCCAGUUCAUCAAAUUCGUGCUCACCGGCACUGCCGGCAAAAACAGAGCGGCACUGCCGCUGCGCCUCCACCACCACGCGCUCGCUCCACCAGGCAGCUUCCGCUCGCCGCACGCGCCCGCAUCAUCGCGCCAAACGCCGCCCGCCAACUCCCUGCCGGCCUCACGCGCCAAGCUCCGCCCGCCCGCUUGCUUGCAGCUUCCGCGAGCGCUGCCGCCCGGCCACCACCAUCCGCUGCACGCGCGCAGCCCGGCCGAGCCCCACACCAGGCCGCUCCUCCGCCGGACGCCGGCCCAAGCCCCGCGCGCGCUCAGCCGCCCUUGGCCCUCCACUCCCGCCGCCAGCGCCCGCCAUCCAACCCACUGCGCACCUACCCGCCCGCCCUGCGCUGCUACGCAGGCCGCCACCAGCACCAACCAUCGACGCCCCGCCGGCGCUCGCUUUUCCCUUGCCCGCUUCCGCCCCCUGCUCCACUUGGUCAACCCGCCGGCCUCCAAAUCGAUUCACUCGCGCGCAGCAAGCAGAAACAGCACGCGCGCAUCCUCCACUUGA